CCGGCGGCCCCUGCGACGAGGGCCGCGGAGAGACUUCCGGGGCAAGGUGACGUCCCGGCGACUUCCUGCGCAUGCGCGCGCCGGUAGAGAGGGCGUGAGCUCGAGAGCUGGGAACAGAGAGCAACACCGGUCUGAGGUACUUAACUGAGAAGACUCUACCCCAGUGCUCUAAACCAGAUGCCUUCUUCCACCACACCAGAUGAAGGAGAUGACCUAGAAAACUGUGUUUUAAAUUUUUCUGAUCUGGAUUUAAAAGAAUCACAUCUUAUCAGUCCCAGCCACAGCCUUAAAGCAGAGUUAGAUGGCAGUGUGAAGAAGAAAUAUUCAUUUGCAAAGAAAAAGGCCUUUGCCCUUUUCGUCAGAAACAAACAAGUUCCAGCACCUCCUUUUGACUGUAAGGAAAAAUGGUGGAGAUGCUGUCAGCAGCUAUUUGCAGACCAGACCAGCAUCCAUAGACAUGUGGCAACACAGCAUGGUGAUGAAAUUUAUCAGCAGACUACUUCUAUUUUAAAGCAGCUAACUGCAACAUUGAGUGCCUCAAAGAGCCUUAUGUCUACAGACAAAAAGAGCCCCCUGAAAGACUAUCUUACUCCUUGUCCUGAAGUGUCUGCUUGGCUCCCUGAUGCAAGCUGCUGUAGCUCUGACGAGCUAAUGAGGAGCCAGGGCAGUGAGGAAGGAGAGGUGCUUUUGUAUUACUGCUACUGUGACCUGGAGGAUCCCCAUUGGGUCUGUGCCUGGCAGACAGCUCUGUGUCAGUGCCUGCAUCUCACGGGCAAGGUUCGGAUUGCUACUGAAGGAAUCAAUGGAACUGUUGGUGGAAGCAAAAUGGCCACAAGACUAUAUGUGGAAGCCAUGCUUUCUUGCCCAUUAUUUAAGGAUUAUCUGUGUAAGAAUGAUUUUAAGAGCAGCAAAGGAGGAGCUCACUGCUUCCCAGAACUGCGUGUUGGUGUGUUUGAAGAAAUCGUGCCCAUGGGGAUCAGCCCCAGCAAGAUAUCCUAUAAGAAGCCCGGGAUCCAUUUAUCCCCUGGUGAAUUUCAUAAGGAAGUAGAAAAACUUUUAUCUCGGGCAAAUGAAGAACAAAGUGACACUAUCCUUCUGGAUUGCAGAAACUUCUAUGAAAGCAAAAUAGGACGAUUCCAGGGCUGCUUAGCACCAGACAUCAGGAAAUUCAGUUACUUCCCUAGCUACAUUGACAAAAAUCUUGACGUUUUCAGACAGAAGAGGGUGCUGAUGUACUGCACUGGGGGCAUCCGUUGUGAGCGGGGCUCCGCAUACCUCAGAGCUAAGGGAGUGUGUAAGGAAGUGUUCCAGCUCAAGGGUGGCAUCCACAAGUAUCUGGAAGAGUUUCCUGAUGGUUUUUACAAAGGGAAGCUGUUUGUUUUUGACGAGCGGUAUGCCCUGGCCUACAACAAUGCUGUGGUAUCAGAAUGUUCGUACUGUGGAGCCCUGUGGGACCAGUAUAAGCUCUGCUCCACUCCACAGUGCCGCCAGCUGGUUUUGACCUGUUAUGCCUGUCGAGGACAAGGGUUCACAGCCUGUUGUGUCAUGUGUCAAGACAAAGGGAGCAGGCAGGCUUCAGGCCCAACUCAGGACAGUUUUAAAGAAGAAUGUGAGUGUACAGCCCAGCGGCCACGGAUCCCCCGGGAGCAGCAUGUACAGCUUCCUAUGUCCCCAGAGCCAGGGCCUGAGGCUAGUGAUGCUGGUGAGGCUGGACGACAUUUUUAGCAUUCCUAAAGCCUCACACAGCAGGCAUAGGUGUCCUGUAGAGAUGAUCAAGGAUGUGGAAAUAAGUUGGGAACCUCUAUGUUGAUCACUGCCACCAUGGCAGUUGGCUACCAGGCAGAAGGGAUAGGGAGUCAAGUGUUGACCAUGUACUUGAGCCACUUUGAUUCAGAAGAUGCUAGAGCCUGGAAAAUGGUGAACUGCUUGGGAUCCCAAAGAUGCUGAGGGAUAGAGCUGUACAUGCCUUCUCUUCCAUGUGGCAGGAUGGUAGCCACUGCCCUUGUCAGCAAACCUGCCUAUCACAGGCAUCUUCCCCCACCUGUCUCUUCACUGACUGUCUGAAGAGAUUUGUUAACUGUGAUGACAUUGACCCACUUCCUACUUUGAAGAGUUUCCUGUCAGCCCCACCCAUUCCUCUACACAUGAUUGAUGGAGCUACUGAGUAGUUGGCAGUUGGCAGUGGAGACCAUGUGGCCUUGAGUCUAAAGUUUACGAUCUGGCCUUUCUCAGAAAAUUUGCCAGCUCCCAGUCCAGAUUAACAGCUCAUCUGAUAGAAGUGGUCUUAAAGAUGUAGCCCACCUUUAUUUUUCUUGACUUAGCUUUAUUUUUCUUCUGUGAGAGAUGUUUCCCUAACAGCCCUGUGUCUCCCAGCAUCCCCACUUAUCUCUGUGUUCUCUUUGGGGAUCCAGAUGAACUUGACAGCACAGGUAUUUGAGCAGUAGUUUGUAGGUUAGCACCUGGGACGUGAGACACUUUCUUAGGUCAUUCGGCAUAGUGACCAGCAUACUGGGGACACAAGUCCCUAUGACACAGAUUUCAAGAAGCAUACACAGCCACACAUAGACCAACGGCUUUAAUAUUAUGUUGCAGUUUCCAGUGAUGCAGAAUGCAGCUGCAGUUGUGUUUCAAGGAGAAACUGAGUGGGGCUGGCUGUCCCUGCAGCUUGGUGCCACUCCUGGGCCCUCUGCAGCCUCAGUAGACACAUGCAUACUGGUGAGGCACUAGCUCCACCUCUGGUUACCCUGUACUGUCCACAGUGUUACGUACAGUUCAGUGUGUUUCAUCAGAAGCCUCCCAGGCUGUGCUCAUCGGAGCUUUGGCCUUGUCCGUUAUUGUAAUAUUUGCUGAAUCCCUAAGAAAAAUAACUCCCCAAAGCAAUAAACAGAAAUGCUAGUAUAACUGGCACUGUGGUCUGUUGAAAGGCACAAGGACAAUGUGGCUCGGUAUUUUUACUGGCUCCCAUGGUGUUAAAAAGGCAUCCAGUAGAAAUGCCAAAAUUGUUUUCUGAGUAAUCACUUGGAGUUCUUUGGCCAGGAUUUCCUAACUCCUUGCUGUUUGGAUUUUCUGCACUGGUAUCCUUCAGAGGCUUCAUUUGCAGGCAUGAGAUCUGUGUUGUUUGAUGUGUCUAAUGAGUGACCAGACAGGUAUCUGGAGUCUGUAAGCAUGGCCAUGCUAAAGACUGCACCCACAGUAGACUGGAGAGUCACCCUCUGGUGUUGGCCUCACACAGGCCAUCUGCUCACUGAAGUGCAUGUAUUUGGCCAUAGGUUUUUGUCCAUCAUGAAGCUGGCAUUCGAUAAAGAAAAAAAUAUUUCUGACUGCAGAACAUAUACCCCAAGUACUCACAUAGAAAGAACACUCAGGAAUAUGUCUGUUGCUCACGAUGCAUUUUGAAACUUGAAAUUUCUAUCUUUUUCUAUUUUUUUUUUCUUUUAUCCAGUAGAAGAAAUCUUGUGUUUUUUAUUCCUGGCAGAGCUCUGUACCUUGUCUGUUAUUCUUGAGGGGGAAAUGUUUUUUGAUCCUGUAAUCAAUCUGGCAACUUUAAUCAUGAUGGUCUUAAAAUUUAAAGAAGGGUUAAUAGAAUGUGAUUAUCUGUUUCUUUUAACUAAGUAGCUAAGAUGGAGUUUGUAAUAAAGUGUUUUACAGUA